GUUGGGAGGAUAAUGAAGAGGAUGUGGCUGCAGCAGCCGGUGGCCUUGGAGAUCUUGGAUGUCCGGGGCUCUUCCAUGCUCUUCGUGCUUCCAGACGUUCAGAGCAGGAAUGACAUCACGAAUUUCUUGACUUCCUCCUCCAACUUAGCGGUGGAGGCCAAGUCCUUGCUGGUGACCGGGGCCUCCUCUCCUACGUGCUCAUGGAGUGUGGAAUCGAAGAAGUCGCUGGCUGAGGCGCGGAAGGUGCUGGUAAAGCGAUGGUGCUCGGGCGCCAUCUCCAACUUCGAGUACCUCAUGGAGUUGAACUUCCUGGCUGGCCGUACCAUGAACGACAUUUCGCGCUACCCUGUCUUCCCUUGGGUGCUGGCAGACUACACGUCCGAGUCCCUUGACCUCUCGGACCCGCGGGUCUUCCGCGACCUCUCGAAGCCGAUGGGCUGCCAGAAUGCGGAGAGGCAGAGGAGCUUCGAGAUGAGGUACGAGGAGUGGGACCAGGAGGACAACAACGUCCCUCCCUUCCACUACGGCACCCACUACUCAACCUCCGCCCACAUCCUUCAUUACCUGGUGCGCAUUCAGCCAUUCACGGGCUAUCACUUGGCUCUGCAGGGAGGAGUCUUCGACGUCCCAGAUCGUCUGUUCCAUUGCGUUGCAGAGACGUGGGAAGACACGGCGGGGAACAAGAACAUGAUCGACGUUAAGGAGCUCUGCCCUGAGUUCUUCUACCUCCCAGACUUCCUCGUCAACAACAACAACCUGCAGCUGGGCAGCCGCCAGGAUGGUCAGCCGGUGGAGAGCGUGAUCCUACCCCCAUGGGCCAACGGCGACCCGAUGGAGUUCAUCAGGAUGCAGCGAGCAGCGCUGGAGAGCAGCUACGUCUCAGCUCAUCUGCACGAGUGGGUUGACCUCAUCUUUGGGUUCAAACAGCGCGGCAAGUUCGCGGUAGAGGCUGUGAAUGUCUUCUACUAUCUCACCUACGAGGGAGCGAUUGAUGUUGCUCAAAUCCAAGACGACUGUCAACGUCAGGCCGUCGUCGCCCAGAUCAGCCACUUCGGGCAGUCACCGAAGCAGCUCUUUCAACGUCCCCAUCCUCCCAAGCAGGUUGUGGAACCUCCA